CUUGACAAGUGCUUCGAGUGCUUGAUUUCGAAUAUCCUGAACUAGUCUUUUCAUUUCUUGAUCAGCACUACGUAACGAAUUACUUUCUUGAUGCAACGAUUCAUUCAGUUCUUCAAGUCUCCGAUUGACAUCCAGUGAAAAAGUUUUCGCGCAUUCUCUGUAGAGAUUAUAAAGGCGCGCACGGUGGAACAGGUGCGUGGAUGCACCAACGCGAGUUGCAGUUAUUCUGUGCAACGAGAGUACAAAUUAGGAAAGAAGUGAGAGGAAUAAGAAAGUUCAGAGGACGCGAUGCCGUCCGCAGUGACUCAGGAUAGAGUGGUGAAAAGAACUUUCCCUGUAAAUAUCAGAAGGGCAUCAAGACGACGUCUGCCUACGUUACCUCCACGUAUUGCUGCUGAGCAAGUACACAUUCAGGGCGAGCAUGUUGAAGGAAGCGAUAACGAUGAACCUGGACCAAGCCGGCUACGUCGGGGAUCAGGCAAUCAGCCAACAAUAUUGGACAUGUUCUGUAAGCCUGAAAAGCCCAAAAUGAUUGAGUUGGAGAAUGGCUCAAAGGUCUUGCCAAGCCCAAAGGAUCCUAGUAGUCCUAAGAAUAUGGAGGACUCGAAUCGAUCAGACAGCUCUUGUAGUUCUCUGUCGAGUGGCUCUGAUAACAUAGCUAAAUCAGAGGCUAGUGAGACUGAAGCAAGCUUAGACGAAGGUUUAGAAGAGACACAUUCUGAAAAGAAAAUAAAGCUUAAUGAUUUGAAGGAGAAGAAGUCUGUGGAAGUUUCAGAGAAACAUGAAAUUAAACGACUCAAUGGUCUUCCACCAAAAUGUGAAUUUUGUAAACAAAAACUUAUGGAUUGUGAGCCGUAUCAAGGACAUCCAAAUGGUGCCGUAGAAGAAUUUAUUGCCUUGACCGAUCCAAGGCUUUCAUUGUUUACAGGAGAAGAGACUGCCAUUAAUGAAAGUGAUGAAAGGCCACAGAAUAAAUUAACACAUUUUAGUGUUUACGAUAAAAACGGUCAUCUUUGUUCCUUUGACUCCGGUCUCAUUGAAAAGAAUAUAUUACUCUAUUUCUCUGGCUAUAUGAAAGCCAUUUAUGAAGAAAAUUCGCUUCCAGACGGUGGCGUCCCAACAAAAGAUAUGGGUCCGAUAAACGAGUGGUGGGUUUCUGGUUUCGACGGAGGCGAACUUGCCCUUAUUGGUUUCAGUACCGGAUACGGCGAAUAUAUAUUAAUGGAACCCUCCGAAUCUUACGCACCUUUUAUUGCUUGCGUGCGAGAAAAAAUUCACAUGAGUAAAUUAGUUAUUGAAUUUCUUCUUGAUGAAGUGAAUCCCACAUACGAAGACCUUUUAAAUAAACUACAGACUACAGUCCCACCAAAAGGUCUGUCUACCUUCACGGAAGAUUCAUUACUACGACACGCUCAAUUUGUCUGCGAUCAAGUUCUUUCCUUUGACUCAUCUGCUCGUCCAGAGGAUCCGCUUUUGAUAACAACACCCUGUAUGCGUGCCCUGGUGAACUUAGCCGGUGUCACUCUAGGUAAACGUUUAGCUUCUCGUAGGGCGCAACGACGUGACCAGAAACAUAAGAAACCAACUUGGACUAGGGCCACAACAACUCAACUGGUGAACAAUAUGUUCGAGACCUUCUUCACAGAACAACUGGCCAAAGACAAUGCAAAGGAGCCUUCGGGUCCUAAACGAAGACGAUGUGGUGUUUGUGAGGCUUGUCAACAACCAGAUUGCGGAGUCUGCGCACACUGUAAAGAUAUGACAAAAUUCGGUGGUCCAGGUCGAAGUAAACAAGCCUGUGUCAAAAGAAGAUGUCCUAAUAUGGCGAUUCAGGAAGCUGAUGACUCUGAUCUUGAAGAUGAGGAUGAGUAUGAUACUCUAGCUGAGACUGCCUUAACACCACAUCAAAAGAUUGUGACUUGUCUCAAAGAAGUAAAGAAGGAGAUCAGGUGGGAAGGUGAUGCUGUGUUCGAUGAUGGAAGACGUAAAUUUUAUACGAAAGCAAUAGUAGGCGAUGAGGAGAUAUCGGUGAAUGACUGUGUCAUGGUGGAGCCAAGUGACCCGACAAUUCCUUUGCAAAUUGCUAGAGUGAUUUACAUGUGGGAGAAUCGUCGUGGCUUCAAAAUGUUUCAUGCUACUUGGUUCAGGCGAGGUAGCGACACUGUUCUUGGAGAAACAUCUGACCCAACUGAAUUAUUUCUUAAUGAUGAUUGCGAUGAGGUGCCUUUAUCUUCUGUCACUACGAAAGCCACUGUCAAAAAACUUGAUAUACCGAAUGACUGGGCUCUAUUUGAUAACACGGAUGUUAAACUAGACAAUGAAUUUAAAAACUCAGACGGAAAAUGUUUCUUCUAUCAGAAAAGAUACACUUCCGAAACGGCACGUUUUGAGGAUCCUUUGUCGGAUCCUCCCUGUCCUAAGAAAGAAAUCAGUCACAGAUUCUGUGCAGCUUGUGCCAGGUUCAGUGCACUGCAACAGCAAAGUACGCCUAAGGUAUUUGAUCGUAAAGAAGAGAAAAGUAACAAGGAAGUCACAUAUGGAAUGAUCAGCUACAAAGGGGAAGAAUAUCGUGUGGGAAAUGCUGUAUUUCUGAUACCUGGUGCUCUGAAGUUUAAGUAUACGUGGAAUCGUAAUGAAGCUCCGAAAGUGAAGAAGGGCAAAGUUGAUGAGGAUAUGUAUCCCGAAUUUUACCGGAAGUCCUCAGAGCAUGUUAAAGGCUCUAAUUGCGAUACACCUGAACCCUUUCACGUUGCUUAUAUCAGUGACAUUUAUGCCAGCACUACCGAUAAAUUGGUCUCAGCGAAUGAAAUUUAUAUACGUGUUAAUAAAUUAUAUAGACCUGAAAAUACACACAAGGGUGCCUCUCUUAUGGAACAGGUUGACCUUAACAUGGUAUAUUGGAGCGAUGAAGUGUGUACCAUUAAGUUUGAUAUGGUGGCAGGCAAAUGUUAUUUAGCUUAUUCAGAGAAUUUGAAUCAGCCUAUCGACGAAUGGAUAUCUCAAGGGCCAAAUCGAUUUUAUUUCACUCAGUCAUACAAUCUGACCGAGAAGAAUUUCGACGAACCUCCGCAGCAGGCUAUGAAUAUCGGCAAGCAGGGUAAAAAUAAAGGCAAAGGGAAGAUCAAAGGAAAACGUGUUGAAGAUACUGAAUUGAAGAAACUAUUGAAACCUGUAGAUUAUCCGGUUGUUACUAAAAAAUUGUCAACCUUGGAUGUAUUUGCCGGUUGCGGUGGUUUGUCUGAGGGAUUACGAGAAUCUGGAGUAGCUGAUAGUAAAUGGGCGAUUGAAAAGGAAGAACCAGCUGCGCAUGCCUACAGAUUAAAUUAUCCAGAGACUACAGUAUUUUCAGAAGAUUGUAAUGUUCUUUUGAAAAUAGUUAUGGACGGUGGUUUGACUGAUGCCAAUGGUCAACGUCUCCCCCAGAAGGGUGAAGUUGAACUUCUUUGUGGUGGACCGCCGUGUCAAGGCUUUAGCGGGAUGAAUCGCUUUAAUUCGCGACAAUAUUCACUUUUUAAAAAUUCAUUAGUAGUCUCAUAUCUUUCAUACUGUGAUUACUACAGACCUAGGUUUUUUAUAAUGGAGAACGUACGAAAUUUUGUCUCUUUCAAACGGAGUAUGGUUCUCAAACUUACUUUGCGCUGUCUGGUGCGCAUGGGAUAUCAGUGUACCUUUGGAGUAUUGCAAGCUGGAAAUUAUGGAGUUCCUCAAACUCGUAGACGAUUAUUCAUCCUGGCUGCUGCUCCUGGAGAAACUCUGCCACAAUAUCCUGAGCCUACUCAUGUGUUCAGCAAACAUGCCUGCCAACUGAGUGUCGUAGUAGACGACAAAAAGUAUUCUUCAAAUUGCGAAUGGACCGAAUCAGCACCAUAUAGAACAAUAAGCGUUCGAGAUGCCAUGUCCGAUUUGCCUAGUAUCAAAAAUGGAUGGAAUCAAUCAGAAAUGCCUUAUGGCGGAGAACCAUAUUCCCACUUUCAAAGAAAGUUAAGAGGCAAUCGAGAUCAGCCAAUUUUGCAAGACCACGUCUGCAAGGAAAUGGCGCCGCUAGUAGAAGCGCGGAUGGCUCAGAUACCAACGGCUAGCGGAUCUGAUUGGCGAGAUCUUCCAAAUAUAGUGGUGCGACUGAGCGAUGGAAAUUUUUCAAAGAAAUUGGAAUAUACUCACGACGAUAAGAAAGCUGGUAGAAGCUCAACCGGUGCCUAUCGAGGUGUCUGCAGUUGUUCAACUGGAAGAUCCUGUGAUCCUAUAGAUAGACAAUACAAUACUUUGAUACCAUGGUGCCUUCCACAUACUGGUAAUCGACACAAUAAUUGGGCUGGUCUAUAUGGUCGUUUAGAAUGGGAUGGCUUCUUUGGCACAACAAUAACCAAUCCAGAACCUAUGGGCAAACAAGGAAGAGUGUUACAUCCUGAACAAACUCGACUUGUUAGCGUCCGUGAGUGUGCUCGUUCUCAAGGAUUUCCUGACACCUUCCGAUUCUUUGGCAGUGUCCUUGACAAGCAUCGUCAGGUUGGCAAUGCCGUACCACCACCUCUCGGAGCUGCUGUGGGGCACGAGAUAAGGAAAAGCCUGAACUCUAAGAAUAAUUUGGAUUCAAAGCAAAAAAUAGAAACCCAAGAGAAUGGAUGGUCCAAGGAAGCAGAGGAAUCAUUAGUUACAUCCAGUCAAGUGCAAGUAACUGCAGAGAUAGAAGAAUUUAGGAUUAAUGAUGCGAACACUACAGUACGAUAGCGAUAAUUAAGCAUUGCGUGAUUAUUGAAUAGAUGGGAUAUAUUUUCAAAUAUGGAAAAUGAAGAAGAAGAGAUGACUCGUCGAGUCGGCCCGAGCCACUGUGAACAUUCCGAUUUUUUUAAGCUCAGUUAUCUCUAUCCUUACGCUUACUCAUUAAGGGAAUUGCGAUAUUAAUUUGCAAUUUUUAAUUGGUAGUUUCUGCGAGACUCAAUUCAUUACAAACUUAUUUUCUUGGCCGGGCCAGUGUUAUUUAUUUAUUUAUUGAUACCGCGUUCGGUCGGCUCGGAUUGAUGAAAUGUCGAUUCGCAUUGUAACUUAAAUUCCGCUAGCAUUUUUUGGUUACGCGAUAGUUUAAUCAAUAUCACUUCUUGAAUAUGGCUUUGAUGAUUCACUAAAAAAAAAAAUGAAGAAUCCAACUUAUCUUUAGUAUGAUUUAAAUUAGAUACUUUCUGUAGGAUUUGAGUGAUUUUAAUUGUAAAAAUGUAAUUAUGAGCCAGGAUUCAAUUUAUUUGGACUCAACAAUAUUUUCAUAUGACUUUAUUUUUCAAUAAUCUGUUUGUUAUUUCUAUUUGAACCCUACUAUGUAUAUGAACAAAUUUUCUUAAAAGUUCAUUUAUUAUAGAAAGAACCAAAUAGCAAUGGUUUCUCCUUACUGCCCCAAACGAAAACUAGUAAGUACAAAUAAAACAUUUUAACAAAGAGAAAGAACCUACCGGGUGAGCUUGAAUUUGGAAAUUCAAGCUUUAGUAUUGAACUCAAAAUGUACCCACUAAUGGAUGAUUUAUAUUUAUUUAAUGAAAAUUAGAAAUCCAAUUGGUUAUUAUUAAAAUACUUAAGUAUGGCA